AUGGCAUGGCCCAGUGGUGAUCGUUGUCGUCGUCCAUGGCUGAUUGGUCCUGCAACUCUUCUUAUGUUCCUUGUGUUGGCAGUUUCUGCUGAGGAUAUUUUUCUUGACUGGCAUGUCACACUUGACACAAAUAUCAAACCGGACCAACCGGUUAUUGCCAUCAAUGGGCUGUUUCCAGGACCUCUUCUGAAUGGCACAACCGAUGAUGUUUUUCAUGUCAAUGUGUUUAAUGAAAUGGAUGAACCCUUGCUGAUAACUUGGAAUGGCAUACAACAAAGACUGAACUCUUGGCAAGAUGGAGUUUCAGGCACAAACUGCCCCAUUCUGCCAGGUGAAAACUGGAGUUAUAUGUUCCAAUUCAAAGAUCAAAUUGGCACUUUUUCCUACUUUCCCUCUCUCAGCUUCCACAAAGCUGGAGGAGCUUUUGGUCCAAUUCGUAUCAAUAACCGCCCGGUCAUCCAAGUACCAUUUCCUAAACCAGAAGCCGAAUUCGAUCUUCUCAUUGGUGACUGGUAUGACAGAAGUUUCAAGGAUGUUAGGUCCAUGAUGAGCACAAGUCUCAUGGCCUACAACAGCACCCCUGAUAAAAUCUUGAUGAAUGGAAAAGCUGCAUAUUCGGCCCCUCCUACAGAAGCCCAUGAGUCCUUCACAGUUGCAAAAGGCAAGACCUACAGAAUUAGGAUAUCAAAUGUUGGGACUGCAUGGAGUUUCAAUUUCAGGAUUCAAAAACACAAAAUGGUUUUGGUUGAGACAGAAGGUUCCUACACAAAUAAAAUCACAUUGGAUUCUCUUGAUGUGCAUGUUGGGCAGUCCUACUCUGUUCUUGUCACAGCUGACCAAAAUGCUUCAGACUAUUACAUGGUGGCAAGCCCUAAAAUGUUCAAUGCAAGUGAUGUGACAAGAUUUGGCAUUGGUGUGCUGCACUAUGAUAGGUCCACCACACCUCCUAAUGGGUCUCUUCCGAAGGGGCCUGACCCAUUUGAUCAAAAAUUCUCCAUCCAUCAGGCCCAAUCCAUUAGAUGGAACCUGACCACAGGGGCUGCAAGGCCUAAUCCGCAAGGAGCCUUCAAUGUUCAUAAUGUCACACUCUCACAGACCUUCAUACUCCAAGCAUCUACAGCAGAGAUUAAUGGCCUACCCCAGUUUACUGUCAACAAUGUGUCUUACUUAGCCCCAGACACACCACUAAAGUUGGCUGAUCAAUUUCUCAACGGGUCUGGAGUAUACAAGCUCGAUGAAUUUUCUACUAACUCUAGUAAUUUUGAAACCGUACGUGGAGUUUUCGUUGCAUCUGGGAAGCAUAAAGGGUGGAUAGAACUUGUUUUCCAUAAUGAUUUGGAGGGCAUGGAUGCUUGGCACUUGGAUGGCUUUGGUUUCUAUGUUGUUGGAUUUGGAACUGGAAAGUGGAGCCCUAAAUCGCGCUCUAAGUACAACCUUUAUGAUCCGGUUGUGCGUUCUACCGUGCAAGUGUACCCCGGUGGAUGGACUGCAGUUUAUGCAUACCUUGACAACCCAGGAAUGUGGAAUUUGAGGUCACAGCACUUGAAAAAUUGGUAUUUGGGAGAGGAGCUUUAUUUGAGAGUUUAUGAUGCUGAUCCCAACCCUGCCAAGGAGAAGCGUGCUCCCAAUAACCUCCUUCUAUGUGGAGAGUUUGCUCCUUUCCCCCCGCCCGCUCCACUUGUGCCUCCUCCUCCACCUCAACCUUCUCCACCUGCACCUGGGCCAUCAAGUGCACAUUCUUUGCAGACAGCAGCAGGGUUUCACAUUGCCAUCAUCUGCAUUGUUGCAACAUUCUUUCAGAUAUCUAGAAGUUCAUCCCAUUUUUUAUGA